AUGGAUAAAACUCACAAAAUCGCCUGUUUCGUUUCGUUGGGCUCGUUUAUUUUUAGGUGAGUGAAGGUUUUUUGGGAGCUGAAAUUAUUUGAACUUAAAUUCAAAAAUAAUCAGAGCAUGUCCAAAGCUAAAAUCCUGUGAACAAGUUAAAAUCCAGCCUAACUACACUGUAGUCUGAAUGCUAUUUUCCAGUAUCGUCUUCAUAAUCGCCUCAUGCAGUUCAGACUACUGGGUCCGUUCAGAAAUUAUCGAUACCAGAAAAUUCCGUCCAGCUGGUUUUGUACAUUCUGGAAUUUUCAGAGGUGAUCGACAAAUUGAUUAUGGUGAUGGUCUAUAUAGUUAUCGAUUUUCCAGUGAGUCUCAAUUAAAAUUAAUUUUCAUUCUUACCAUUCUUGCAGUAUUCUCGGAACUCCAAGAAGGUCACUCAUUUUUCACACGAGCUGUUUGGAUUUUUGUGUUGUUUUUUGAGGCAAUGUCGCUAAUUUGGUCAUUGAUGGGAGUGAUUACUUGCAUUUUUUCAAUAACUUCGUUGAAAGUUGAUGUUUCGGUGGCUGGGCCGAAUGGGAUUUAUUUGUGGAGUUUAUUGUCGUGUGAGUUUGUUAUCGAGCAUCAGUAGAUCACAAGCUUUAGAAUGAGUAUAAUGAAGCUCAAAAAAAUUCGAGUUUCUUAAUGGGCCUUAUCCACUUUAUUAUAAAGAGGCCUAGAAAUAAACAUAUGUUUCUAUUCCAGCUGUAUCGCAUGGCGGCGCUCUCGCUCUCUUCUAUUCCCAAUUCCAAAGUUCACUGCGAACCUCAAUGCUCUUAUCGGAACACCUCGAUCUCGGCUACACUACAUUCAAUCAAGCCUCAUUAUCCUACGCCUUUUAUAUGUCACUUUGCGCCUUGUUUUCUUUGUAUAUACCACCGCUUACAUUGGUUUUAUUUACCGAACGAAUUGUUCAAAUUGGCCGAAAAUCAACGAGCUCCUCUUUUGAUCCAACACUUAUGUUGUAUUGA